AUGGGCAGCAAGAAGAAAGUAAUAGGCAAUCAGGCUCACAGCAAGGACAGGAAUCAAAUACACAUGCUGAUGCUACCCAAGGAACAUCAGCAACGAGAACAACAGAGGGACGAAGUGUGCACCAUGAGCAAUUUAGAGACACCUCCAGAAGUGCAAAGCCCGCACAUGGAAAAACCUCAUCUGGAUCUGACAGUAGAAGACAUCGGGAACCCAGUCAGAAGACUUGGGGAACCCAGUGUAAGUCAGGCCAGUGAUAGUGAAGGUCAAUCAGAAGAUUCAGGCAGAGCAGCACCAUCAAGUCAAGGAAGGCCUGGGUCCAGUGUGAGAGAACAACACAGAUCAGUGCUUAGACAGUCAGGAGACAGCUCAAGGCACUCUGGCCCACACCGAGGACAGGUGCCCUCACAUACACAUGCUGAUGCUACCCAAGAACCAUCAGAAGUCAGGAGAAGGGAGAGGCAAGGAUCUUCCCAUGAGCAGUCUGGAGACAGCUCCAGACGUUCAGGUUCUGCACAUGGAAAACCCUCAUCUGAACACCAUAGCAGAAGACAUCAGGAACCCAGUGUAAGUCACGCCAGUGAUAGUGAAGUUCAAAGAGAAGUUUUAGGCAGAGAAGCACCAUCAAGCCGAGGAAGGCCUGGGUCCAGUGUGGGAGAACAACACGGAUCGGUGCAUGGACAGUCAAGUGAUAGCUCAAGGCACUCAGGCUCACGGCGUGGACUGGUACCCACCCAUACACAUGCUGAUGCUACCCAAGGACAAUCAGAGGUCAGGGGAAGAGAAAGGCAAGGAGCCCCCCACGAGCAGUUUGGUGACAGCUCCAGACGCUCAGGGUCUGUACAUAGACAACCCUCAUCUGAACCCCACAGCAGAAGACAUCGGGAUUCUAGUGUAAGUCAGGCCAGUGAUAGUGAAGGUCAAUCUGAAGAUUCAGGUAGACAAGCAUCAACAAGCCAAGGAAGGCCUGGGUCCACUGUUGGAGAACAACACAGAUCAGUACAUGGAGAUUCAGGAGAUAGCUCAAGGCACUCAGACCCACACCGAGGACAGGUGCCCUCACAUACACACUCUGAUGCUAGCCAAGGACAAUCAGAAGUCAGGGGAAGAGAAAGGCAAGGAGCCCGCGAUGAGCAGGCUCAAGACAGCUCUAGACACUCAAGUUCUCCAUAUGGACAACCUUCCUCUGGAUCCCAUAGUGUUAGACAUCGGGGACCCAGUGUAAGUCAGGCCAGUGACCGUGAAGCACAAUCAGAAGAUUCAGGUAGACAAGCAGCAUCAAGCCGAGCAAAGCCUGGGUCCAGCCUGAGAGAACAACCCAGGUCUACCCAUCACCAGUCAGGGGACAGCUCUGUGCACCCGAGCUUACACCAAGGGCAGGUGUCCACCCAUACAGACUCUGACACUACCCAGGGACAAUCCAUUCCGAGCACAAGAGAAAGACAAGGAGUUGGCCAACAGCAGUCACUUGACAAUUCCAGAGAUUUAGGGUCUCUUGAAGGGCAAAAAGCCUACUAUGCAUAUUCAGAUUCUCAUGUUAUAAAAAGACAACGAUAUGGUCCUUCCCAAUUUUAUUCUUUGAAUAAUAAUGGACAAAGGCCUGGAUCAGGGCAACGUUGGAGACAUGGUAGCUAUGGAAAUGCAGAGUAUGACUAUGGGCAGUCAGGAUUUGGUCAUUCUCAGAGUGGAAUUACUGUGCGGUUUAGUGACGGAUAUGGCAGUAAUAGACAUACAACAACAGAUGGCCAUUCAAAUAUUUCAGAACCAUUGGGUUCGGGUCAGUCACAAAGAAACUAUUACAGUGAGAACAUUUCCUGUCACUAUCCUACAUCUGUCUACUUUGAAGGAUCAAAUCUGCAUGCUGUAAACCUCAAGAGGGUUAACUUAAAUUCACAAAAAAAGAUGCCUAAGCUCCUAGAAAACAUUGUCUCUAUCAUUGAGGUUUUCUACCAGUAUGCCACCAAGGAAGGAGAAUGUGAUAUGUUGAGCAAAGCAGAGCUGAAAGAACUUUUGGAAAAGGAGUUUCAGCAAAUUCUGAAGAAUCCAGAUGAUCCGGACACUGUAGAUGUCAUUAUGCAAAGCCUGGAUCGAGACCAUAACAAGAAAGUGGAUUUUACUGAGUUUCUUGUGAUGAUAUUCAAGCUGUCUCAGGCUUGUAAUAAAAUCAUCGGCAAAGAUUACUGCCAAGCUUCAGGGUCAAAGGAGAGAAACCACAAUUACUGGCACCAAGAGGAACAGAGUGAAACAGAAGAAGAGGAUAAAGGGCAAGAAUCAUCUUCCAGUCAUUCAAGUUGGCGCAUAGCUCUGGGGAAAGAAGACAGUCAAGUUCAGGAUACUCCAAUGGUAGCGGGAAAAACAAGCAUGGCUCUUAUCAGCCAGAAAGGUGUGGCCAUGAUCACCAAGAUUAUAGAUCUGGAGAGUCUUCUGGCUGUGGACAAUAUGGGUCUGGCUCCAGUCAUGUUUGUAGACAAAAUCACCAUGAAUCCAACUCAGGUGGUCUUUCAGGGACUUGUGAAAGACAAAAGCAUGGGUCUGGAUCAAGCCAGUCCUCUAAUUAUGGCAAAUAUGAAUCUGGCUCUAAUCAAUCUUCUAGUCUACAUGGGUCUGGCUUAG